AUGUCAGACGUGCCUUUGACCACCAUCGAAGCCGGGCUUGCUAGCCAAGCGCAACCAUCGGCAACGCCCUCAGUGAGACGAAAUCGGAACAGCCUUUCCAUAGCACGCAACUGGAUUCUCAACUUGUUGACGUUUAGGGAGGCCUCGAGCACCGUCUCCAACCCACAUACCCCUCAGGAAGCUGUCCUCAGAGAACUUAUCUACCGUCAUGAAGUCAACCGUUAUCCGAGAGGAUGGGCGCAGAUCGCUGCCGAGCAAGACCACUCAGUCAACUUAGCGAUACAUCGAAAGUUUGGUAACCUCUCGCAGCGCUGCUUCUUGCAUGUCGAGCACAAGUUGACGAAAUUGGAGAGCGAACUACUCGAACUGGACUUGCACAUCGCAAACGAGAACCAGGACGAGGAGCAACAAGGACUUGACGGGCCAAGUAAUGCAGCUGCCCGCUACAUCGAAGAGAGAGACCGCAAGGUGGAAGAGAUUCUCUCCGUUCUGGCGCCUUAUCGGAGAUUAAUCCUCGACGACAAGGAGAUCGGCUUGCUCUACGAAGUCGGCGACAUCGAACACCGACUCAGAUACGGCAAGAUCAAGAACAGUGGAGUGAUAAGCCGGGAGGAGAUGGCCUUCCUAUACCACGCAAACGACUUCGUCAGUACCCGCCCAGAUAAACUGCGGCUCUCUUUUGAAAAGCUGUUUUACAAGUUUCGGCACUUCCCCGCCAUGAAGUUGAUAGAGCAGAGUGACACGAGAGAGGAAGAACAUGCAAAACAUCUCGAUGGCUCCGCUGUCUUCACCGCCUCAGGGUUUUCCUCUUGUGGUGCUGCGCGGUGGUUUUGCUGCUGCCGGUAG